AUGAGAGCCCACAAUGACCCCAACAGCAACCAAGUUCCGCACACGAAAUGGCCUUCCUGGAACAGCUGCAGAGGAUUCUAUGCAACUCCCGUCCACGAGAAUGAUCUAGUGAACCAACAAUUCAUUUAUGAUAUAUUCUACAAUCAGUGCCAUGAACCAUCUCAUUGUUGCGGAGAUGUAACAUCGGCGCAAAAUGACCAGCUUUGCUUGAACCUUCGCCUACAGCCGGCUAUUCAAUGUUGUCAUUCGGGCAAUGGGUAUUCCUAUGGUUUUACCGCAAUUUGGCUUGUCCCGCCUUCAAUGGCCCAACGUUCGCGCUUCGGAACGGUCCCAAUCGUCCGCCCGGUAUGCCCAGUUUGGCCUCGUCACACGAAAUCCUGCGGGUUUCAUCACAUCAACCGAGCCAACUGCUCGACUUAUGAUAAGGGACUCUUCAUGCCGAGGCGGCUUGCAGGAAACAAUGGGAAUAACAUCGGCGACCAACAGAGCUGGUUGCUUCGUAACUAUUGA